AAGUUGACACAAACACACACACUAACGGCGGAUGACCUCUCUUCUCGCCGUCCAUUUCGUUCCCUAAUAUCCGUAUCACACUAUAACUACAACUUCUAGAGAGAGAAAACAAAUCAAACUCCUAGUGGAGAGAGAGAAUCACAAAACCAAAAACACCACCACCACCACCACCCCCGCCACCGCCACCCAAAACCCUCUUAUCCCCACCAUUCCGUCACAAUUAAUUUCUCCUCUCCGUCGUCCCAUCACCACCUCCUCUCCGUCGUCCCAUACUUCACUAUCUCCUUCAAAAUUUUAUCAAUUGGUUGUUAUUAUUAUUAAUUCUAUAUUGUUGCCCUCCGGCGAUGUCAACCGGUGGCGCCGCUAACUCCUCCGCCAACGGCGGCCAACUUCCGGCCGCACCCACCACCCACCGCCGUCGAGUGGUGGAUUUCACCACCGACGAGGAGAAAUCGUCGGAAUUUGUGGUAAACGGAGUUUACGGCGAGGAUGAAAUGAACGGCGGCGAACACGUGGGCGACCACCACCACCACCACUACUCGCUGCUCUGGUACCUUUUGCUGCGGAAAAAGGGGGCGGAGAUUCCGGGAACGUGGUUGUUUAAGGUGGAUGAUUUGUUGCCGACGGUGUGUACGAUCGCGGGGUCUCUAAAACCGCGGAGGAAUACGCGCCGUCUGAUCUUUGGCGCUUUGGUGAUGAUGGUGGCGUUCUCGGUGUUCGUGAAGUUCUCAGGUAGUAAUGUGGAGGAGGGAGAGAAGAGUUCAGAGAAUGGGCAGUUGAGUAUGCAGGAUCAGAGGGUUGUGUCCGAUGGCGAGGUCUCCUCUGAAGCCGUUAUGCCAAAGCCAAAGAGGUCUUUGGAGAAUCUUGUUACGGCGGAAAUUUGGACAAGACCAAACAGUGAUAACUAUUAUCAAUGCGUUACCAGGCCAAGGAAUCGAAUAAGGACUGGGACUGCAACCAAUGGUUAUAUUCAAGUUCAUGCCAAUGGCGGAUUGAAUCAAAUGAGAACUGGGAUUUGUGAUAUGGUUGCUAUUGCAAAGAUUAUGAACGCCACGUUGGUUCUUCCUUGUCUAGACCAUGAUUCAUUCUGGACAGAUCCAAGUGAUUUCAAGGACAUUUUUGAUUGGAAGAAUUUUAUUGAAGUUUUAAAAGAUGAUAUCGAGAUAGUUGAAUCUUUACCGCCAAGCCUUGAGGGAGUGAAGACGCAUGUAAAGGCCCCCAUUUCCUGGUCUAAGUCAAGUUACUAUAGAAAGGAGAUGGGUCAUUUGUUACAACGGCAUAAGGUGAUCAAAUUUAGCCAUUCCGAUUCAAGACUUGCUAAUAAUGGACUUGCACCCUCUAUCCAAAGGCUUAGAUGCCGUGCCAAUUACGAGGCUCUUCGAUACACAAAGGAGAUCGAGGAGCUUGGGAAGAAACUGGUUGACAGACUUUGGGAAGAUGGCGAGCCAUUUGUUGCUUUACAUUUGAGAUACGAGAAAGAUAUGCUUGCUUUCACUGGCUGCAGCCACAAUCUCACCGCUGAAGAGUCAGAGGAGCUUCAUACCAUGAGGUACAAUGUCAAGCAUUGGAAGGAGAAAGAGAUAGACGGCAAAGAACGACGACUCCAAGGGGGAUGCCCCAUGUCACCGAGGGAGGCAGCCCUAUUCCUCAAGGCCUUGGGUUAUCCUUCCACCACGACCAUAUACAUCGUUGCAGGAGAAAUAUAUGGUAGUAACAGCAUGGCAGCAUUCCGUAAGGAGUACCCAAAGGUUCUCUCUCACUCCACUCUUGCAACAAAAGAAGAGUUGGAACCCUUCAAGGACUAUCAGAAUCGCCUUGCUGCCUUGGACUAUAUUGUGGCACUCGAAAGCGAUGUCUUUGUUUACACAUAUGAUGGGAAUAUGGCAAAGGCAGUGCAAGGGCACAGGAAGUUCGAAGGGUUUCGAAAGACUAUAAACCCUGACAGGCAAAAUUUUGUGAAACUAAUCGAUCAGUUGGAUGAGGGUGUUAUAACUUGGGAAGAAUUUUCUUCGGAGGUCAAGAGUUCACACUCGGACAGGCUUGGAGCGCCAUAUCCUAGACAGGCAGGAGAAUCACCAAGGCUGGAGGAGAACUUCUAUGCAAAUCCUUUCCCUGGUUGUAUUUGUAAUAGAUCUCAGGAGCAAAUCAGUGGCCAGCCAUUUAUUGAUCGGAGACCGACGACGAGGCUAAGGGGGGUUGCCUCACAAAAAUAGUGAUUUGCAUUAAAUAUACGGCUUCCCACUGUAAAGUAGAGGAUAUAAGUACACCUUCCUUCCACAUGGGUUCGUUUUUGGAAGGAAUUGAUUUUUUUUUUGGGUCAUUCAGGAGGAGAUCAUUAGAAGUCUCAGGUUACAGGUGCAAGUUCCAUUUUGUUUUUAUUUUUUCUUGUAUAGAUUAAUAAAAGCAAUGUGGGAAAGCAGAAGCGGUCAUAUUAUAGAUUUUAAUACAACACAGGUCAGGAACAUGGCAUAGGGACCUUCUCCCGGAUAGAUGUGGAGUACCAUUUAUUGAUUUAUUGGUUAUUUUUUAUUCGAAUCCAAUUGCGAAAUUGUGCGUGUAAUAUUUGAUUGAGAAAUCAUAGUAUAAAUUCAUUAGUCUUUUUCUAUA